AGAUUGGGAUUUUUUGGUUAACCAUGGCUACCACCAUGUUAACCAAUCCUUAUCUUUUGCCAUAUAUCAAGAGAGAGAGAGAAAAAAAAAACAUGGAAACAAAAAUCAACAAAGAGAAAGAAGAAAAAUGGCAGAGAAAGAGACAAGUUAUCGUGACAGUGUCAUCGUAGAACUCCAACAAGGACUGACUCUGCUCGAGGCCGCAAUGGCGGCAAGAGAUGACGCCGUAGCCAGAUUACGCAAGAGGAUGGAGGUCAUGACAAGUUCAAUGCAGAGUAUGAUUCUGUUGAAUCCUGAGAAAGCUGAACAAGACGCAGCUUCAGAAAGACUUGAAGAAAAGAAACAACACUCUGGUUUCAUAAUUGCAGACGCUGCGAAUCGUUACGCUUGAUCAUUUGUUAAUUUGAUGAAAUUUUUUUAGUGCAAAGUCAAUACAAAAAAAAUCAUCAUAAACCAAGUCAUUUAAGUAUAAAUGUUAAGGCCAGGA